AUGAUUUAAGAUCAUAAUACUUAACAAAAGAGUAUACUUUUUGAAUAGAACACCCUCACCAAUACUCAUCAAACGCUUUCCAAGUCGGAACUGGGAUGUUGCAAGAAUUAAGAUUGGGCAAAAGUUAGAAAGAAACAUGCAAAGCCUUAAAAAGAAUCUCCAGGGAGUGAUCGAUCAUUUUUAAUAAAGUUCCCUCCUGAAUCAAAGUGGAAAGGUGCACACUGCAAAUACCAACUAAUAAAAGAGCCAAAUGAAGGACGUGCGAUGAUCGCUCAACAACUCGGUAUUUCAGGCUAAAGCACUCAAAGAUAGAUACAGAUUACGCUCACACUGUUGAAUCUCCUCAUGAUUACUCAUGAAGCAAAGGAAGAUUAACAAGAUGUCAAGAGCAAAGAACAUCUCUAGCAGGCUCUUAAGGAGAUAUUCGUGAAGCGAAGGGAUGCUAAAUAUUUCAGACCAUCAUAGGGUUACUCAAAUGACGGUCUAUGCCAAAAACCACUAAUUAGCGUAUCUCAAUCUGCAAGCAAGAUGCACUCCUCACCCUCUAGUUUAUGUCUCGAUACCACAGACAUCUCUGAUACAACUUAUUCGACAAGUCUCACAGGCUCAAUCAAAAGACUGAUUCAGGAAAACAAGGGGAACUAGAAUAGAAUACUGUAGCAGCAGACCACACGGAUCCAUGAAGAUUCCACCUUCGAAAAAGAUUUUGACUAAUCAGAGAUUCAACUCAAAAAAAGAAAAUCUUAAAAGAAGAGAGGUAGGCCGCCAAACAAGAGAAGGUGCUAGACUGAUUCAGGUUGUAGUAAUUACUAGGAAAGAUCGAAGACGAGUUCGAGCCAGUUAACUAAUUAUAGUAAGAUUAAAAUUUAAAGAAGUGAGACUUUUGAACAAAAUUAGAAACUAAUAAAUCCCAUUGAGUUCCUCAGCUCUGACCUGUAGUAAUAAAUAACGACUUCUGAAAAAUCACAAACAAGCUAGUUCAAAAUAAGCAUAAACUUAAAAAAUAUCUACUAUGACAAUGACUUAGACAAUAAGAGCUUAAUUGAUAGUGAUUUUGAACACAGUAAUAGUGAUGAUGAAUUCAGCAAUGAAUUUGACCAUAAGACAAACCAAGACAGUUAGGAGCAUGCUAAUUUAUCUGAUAUUUGCAGUUAAGACUAUCCUGAAGAUUUUAUCUUACUAGAUUAUGAAGAUGCAUCUCCUACUUCCUCAGAUCUUUUGGGCGUCUUAAGAUAGAUUAAGCUGCAACAAAAAUUAUUCGGGAUAGAGUUCAUGGUAGAUGAAGUUCUCAGUUAUGACCUAGACAUUGUAGAAGAUAAUUCUAUUGCAAUUUGA